AUGAAAGCCUUCAUCGUUGUAUGCGCUCUCGUGGCCUGCGUCGCCGCCGGCAGUGAGAAGCGUGAGAAGCGUGGCUUCCUCAGCGGCGUCCACUCGUACAGCGGUGGCAUCAGCGGGGGUUAUCUCGGAGGAUACAGCAGUGGCUACAGUGGUGGCCACGGAGGCUAUGGUGGAUACAGCGGCUACUCGGGCUACUCUGCACCCGCUAUCAGCUACGCCGCACCCGCUGCCAAGGUCGUGACCGUCAACAAAGUAGUCAACACUCAACGCGUCAUCGACGUCCCGCAAGUCGUGAACGUGCGCAAAGUGGUGUCUGUGCCUCAAGUAGUAUCCGUGAACAAGGUGGUGGCCGCUCCCAGCUACAGCGGUUACAGCAGCGGUCUGUACGGUAACAGCUACGGAUCCGGUUACAGUUCGGGAUACGGCUAUGGCUCCGGCUAUAGCUCCGGUUACGGCUCCGGCUCCGGCUAUGGCUCCGGCUACGGCUCCGGUUACGGCUCCGGCUACGGCUUGGGCUACUCAAGCGGUUGGUGA